UCAAAUAGAAAUCGGCCAUUUUGUUUGUCACUUUGACUUGACAAUACGUCCACGUUGUUUGCAAUGUGAUCUGUGAAUAUUUAUUUUAAAAUUAAAAUCAUGUCUAUGUUAGCGGGACCUCGUCGGAAACAAAAAGUAAUUAAUCUGCGUGCGAAAAAUAAUGCAUGGAGCAAUGAUAGCAGUAAGUUCGGCCAGCGAAUGUUGGAAAAGAUGGGGUGGACCACUGGCAAGGGGUUAGGUGCUAAUGAAAAUGGUAUUGUGGAGCAUGUUGUGGCCAGGUACAAGAACGAUGAGAAAGGACUUGGUUUUGAGGAUAAAAACGAUCAGUGGACUAAGCACGAAGACGAUUUCAAUGCUUUGUUAGCGAAUUUAUCCAACGAUGAUGCAAGUGUAGAAAAACUACAUAGUGGUAUAUCAUUAGAAGUGAAAUCAAAGAAAAGUAAAGCAAGGGUCCACUAUCACAAGUUUACACGAGGCAAAGAUCUUACCCGCUACAGUGAAAAGGAUUUGGCUAACAUUUUUGGCAAAAAGAGCCUGAAGAGUGAAGAGAAAACCGAAAAAAUUAUUCUAAAGGAUGUAAAACACAUGAAAGAGACAGAACAAGUAUUCACAGAGAAAGGUAGCAUGGAAGAUUAUUUCAAAAGCAAACUUGCGGCUUUUAAGUCAAAGAGUACAUUAUUAUUCAAUAAAAAUGUCAUUAAAGAUGAAGAUGAAAAUGCAGAGUAUGUUUUUUUGGGAUUUUCUACAAACUGUGAUGAACCUGAACAAAACAUAAAAAUGUCUGAAUAUGAGCAAUUUUCUUUUUAUAGUUCAAAUACAGAUAAUUCAAAUCUUAGAUUAGGAGAAACAAAUGAACAAUCUUGUGAACAUGAUGGAAAGGUUAAAAAAAAGAAGAAAAAGUCGAAAGAGUUAGAAUCUAAUAUUACCGAUGUAUCAGAAGGAGUUAUAAACUUGAAUAAUCGGAGUGAAGCAGACAAUUGUAAUAUUUUAGUUAGUGAAAAGAAGACAAAGAGGAAAUUCAAACAUGAAGACAUGGAAACUGAAGAGGUUCUUUUAGAGAUUACAGAAGAAAUAGUGCCUUUAAAAAAAAGUAAGAUUAAUUCUGAAUAUCCUACUGAAAUUCAAGAAGAAAAUAUUCCCAAAAAGAAAAAGAAGAACAAGAAAAAUAAGUCACUGGUAACGGAAAUAAUUCAAGAGAAUGCAGAAACGGAUGUAAUUGAAGAGAAUGCUGAUGAUACUUGCAGUCUUGUAACUAAAAAGAAGAAAAAAAAGAAAAAUAAAUAUGAAGAGUAAUAUGUACUGUAAUAUAAGCUCAUAAAUAUUUUUACUUUUA